UAAUGGCACUGGCCAAAGACAAAAUUCCACAUGGUUCAAGCAUGGACAGCAAGGUUCAAACUUGUGUUUUCAAUAAGAAUUCUGUGGAGGUUACCUCCUUAACCACUCAUGGGAUCAAUGAGUAUCACAAAUCUGUGCUUGAAGAGGAAGAUGGCUCACAUAGUACUAACUGUCUCAGCAAUGAUUCAGCUAUAACCCAUUCUCCUUCUCUACAUGGCAGUGGCAAUGUAUAUGUCUAUAAAGGCACAAACUAUCAGAUGGAAGAAGCAGAAUCUCUGACUAGUUUCAAAGCCAGUGAGUACAGCAAUCUCAUGCAAGGUAGUGAAUCUUUGCUUAGCUUUGAGCAGAAAAGAAUGUACUGUGUUUGGGAGAAUAAUUUGCAACAAGGCUAUAACCAAUGGAAUCAGAUUAGUCCAAGAAGCACAAAAGACUUGCGCCUAGUGCAAGAUUUCAAUUGCUUUGAAACUGCUAGUGGCUAUAGUUCCAUAGUCAAUAGUGCAAAAGAGAAGCAACAUGGCCAAAGUUCAUGUGGGUGGCUGUAUCCAGAACCAACUAUCCCUGUUGAUAGCUUCCAGAAGCCAGGAGAACAAGAAUCAGCCUUGAAAAAACGCACUUCUAUGGGUGAGAGCAUGAAAGCUUCUAAGAAGCAAUGCUCAAGUGAGAGUAAAACACCAAAACCAAAGUCAAGCACAUCCAAGGAUCCUCAAAGUGUGGCUGCUAAGAAUAGAAGAGAGAGGAUAAGUGAGAGGCUCAAGGUACUACAAGAACUUGUGCCUAAUGGCUCCAAGGUUGAUUUGGUUACCAUGCUGGAGAAAGCAAUUAGUUAUGUAAAGUUUCUUCAAUUGCAAGUGAAGGUGUUGGCAACUGAUGAAUUUUGGCCUGUCCAAGGUGGAAAACCUCCUGAUAUUUCUCAAGUAAAAGAAGCCAUCGAUGCCAUUCUUUCAUGCCAAAGAGACAGAAGUUCAAGCUCAAAGUAGAUGACUUGCAGUUCAUGUUUCAAAGGAAAUAAUGUCACAACAAUUCAAGCACAACUUUGCAGGACAAGAAAAGCCUUGCUCUGAGAGUUGGUCGUUCUGAAGGA